AUGGCCGCGUGGAUUGCUGUAUUGUCGCUGUUGUCGCUGGCGGCUCCGCUGCAGCGCGCUGCGUGCAUCGGGAAGUCGCCGCCGGUGGCCGCGCCGUUCUCGAGGUCCGCCACUGCGGGGGAGCUGCAGUCGCUGAUCAACAGCAUCAAGCUGGCGGUGGACAGCCGCGUGAUCGCCACUGCUGCAGUGCCGCUGCCUUCUUCCAAGGGAGCCAACAGCGUGGUGAUAUCUCGCGGGAGUUUCCAGCGCGCGAGCCAGCCCAGCGUCGCCACGUUCAGCAGCGGCGGCAGCCUCGGGCUGCCCCCCUGUUCCAAGUGCAGCAUGAACGGCGUGACCAGUGGUCCCAGUGGACCCGCAAUGGACAUUCAAAUCGACACUGUCCUCCCCUCUCCGAACGGCGGCAGCACUGAGGUCAUCAUUGAGGAGACCUUCGCCAGCAGGGGGGGGAACGGCGGCAACAACUUCGCCCCUGCCCCUUUCGCGGCGCGGGCCUCGCGGGCCUCCGCGGCAAGCGCGCCCACAGUGGUGAUCCGCGACUACGGGCCCCGCAGCAGCAGCAGCAGCGCAGUGCCCUUUCCCAACAUCUUCAAUGUGCAGCAAAGUUUUGCGCAGCGGCCCGCAGUGGUUUCCACCUUUUCCCGCGAGGGCCUCGCCACGGACAUCGUCAUAACCCCCCCCUCGAAGCAGCUCCCCACGUUCCCCUCCAAGGGCGGCGCUGCCAUCAAUGGUGGCAUUAAUAAUGGCAUUAAUAAUGGCAUUAAUAAUGGCAUUAAUGGCGGCAUUAAUGGCGGCAUUAAUGGCGGCAUUAAUGGCGGCAUUAAUGGGGGCAUUGAUGGCGGCUUUAACAAUGGCAUGAACGGCGGCAUUAACGGUGGCAUUGACAACGGCUUCAACAAUGGCAUUAAUGGCGGCGUUAAUAAUGGCACUAAUGGCGGGGUUAAUAAUGGCAUUAAUGGUGGGGUUAAUAAUGGCAUUGACAGUGGCAUUAAUAAUGGCAUUAACGGCGGCAUCAAUGGCGGCAUUAAUGGCGGCAUUAAUGGCGGCAUUAAUGGCGGAAUCAGCAACAGCAAAGGCGGCAUUAGCAGCGGCAUUAAUGGCGGAAUCAGCAGCAGCAAAGGCGGCAUUAGCAGUGGCAUUAAUGGCGGCUUGGGGGGCCCCGCGCAGAAAGGCGGGUGGGGCGAUUUGGGGCAAAUUCCAGUUCCUGUUAGCAUGUCGAGGAGUGGCUUUAGUGCAGCACCGCAGAAUGGCUCUUGGGGCGGGAACGGGGGCCCCAGCGUGGCCAGCAUGUCCCGCAGCGCGGGCAGGGGCCCCUACAUGACCAGCAUAUCUUUCGUUCAGAGGCGGCUGGAGAAGCUGCAAAGGGCCGAUUAA